UAUAAAAAAUUGUUCAUAAUUUAUUUUACUUUUGUUGAUGUAAGUGUUUAAACAAGUGUUGUGAUUCCGUUAAGAAAUUAUUAAAAUGUUUCUAGCGCACAUAAUAUGCAUUUUUUUCGCAUUUAAUAUUAUUCUUGUGAAAUCUCAAGUGCCAUAUAUUGGAAAUUGUCCUGAAAAUAUUACCACAAAAUCGGAUUUUCAGCCUGAUAAGUAUCUUGGUAAGUGGUAUGAAUACGCAAAAUAUCCGUUCAUUUUUGAAGCUGGUGGAAAAUGCAUAACAGCCGAAUACGGGAAUUUGGGUAACGGCAAGAUAUCCGUAGUAAAUACACAAUAUGGGAUGUUGUUUGGUUCGAAAUCUUCCAUUAGAGGAACAGCCAAAGAAGUAGCACCAGGAAAAUUACUUGUAAAUUUUGAUUAUAUACCGCUGGAUACAUUGACUUCUUCAAAUUAUUGGGUAUUGGAUACAGAUUAUGAAAAUUUUUCUGUUGUUUUUUCUUGUUAUGAUUUGUUAUAUUUUCAUACAGAAGUCGUUUGGAUUUUAACAAGAGAACAACAACCGUCACCAGAAACUAUUGAAAAAGCUAAAUCAGUAAUACAAGAAAAAGGUUUAUCUUUAAAACCUCUAACAAUCACUGAUCAAACAAAUUGUACAUAAAAGUAAAACUAUUAUAAUUUAUGUACAUAUAUCUGAAAAAUAAAUUUAUAAGAUUUGUAUGUAUGUAAUCGGAUCAUAUAAUUUGUUAGCUAUUGUAUUAUAUUAUGAAUUCAGGUAUUUGGUUCUUUUAUUGUUGCUAAGAAAAUUAAGAAUUUUUUAAUUUUUGUUGAGUUUAUUUUCUUUUUUUUUUCCAUAUGUAGGUUGGUAAUUGUUAUUAUAAAGAUUUAAUCUAAUUAUAUUUUUUUGAAUUUCUAAUUGUUGUAAUUAAUAGUAUGUGAUUCUUACAUUCAUAGUUUCAAAUAUAUAAUAUGUGUACAAACAAAUAAAUUAAAAAUUUUUAAAAUAUAAAUUAUUUUUCGAAAAUAAAUUUGUACUUUUGAAAA